ACAAAAUUCACAUAAAAUGAGAACGAGCAUAACAAGCUCGUUACCUAAUACAUGUUUCUACGAUUGUAUACCUACGUGUUAUAGAAACCGCUAUAAUUAAAAUUUCAAUCUUAAAAACUUGUUUUAUAUUUUUUGUUUUAAUGGGCUCAUUCUAAAUAGGUAGUCUGAGUUCAAAAAGAUGAAAUUUGAAAUGACGCCAUACAUUUCAAACUUUAACAAACUUUUGGUAAAUUAUGGUGAACAUAUUUUUUUACAAUUAAAAAUAUAUCAAAUCAAAAGAAGUAUAACAAACUCAAAGUCUGCGUGUCCGUCUAUAAGUUGGUACAUUAUAGUCUUCGUUAUAUCAUCACUGAUGAUAAAGGCUGUAAGUGGUUUUGAAAAAUGGUGUUUGUGUAACGACUAUUAUAGUUGUCCUGUUGUCACAGAUUUAAUACAUGUAUCAAAUUUAGAAGAUCGGUUUCACGAAUUUCUCAUAUGUCAUUUCAAAGAGUAUUGGGGAUAUGCUUACACUACUACAUCAACGAUUUGUGAUAUUUUGGUGAUUAUUGCUGCUCUUAUCCGGAAUUAUCAUCAACUGGUAUACCCGUGGCUAUGUAUUAAAGGAAUAACUUUGAUUGGGGAAAUGUUGUGUAUUUUAAAGGAAUACUGCAUGAACGACUGUAAGCCAACUACGUUGCAGUUAGUAGUUUUAGCGCACGCAUCUUACAGUUGGUACUUUAUUUAUAUAUGGAGCUCAUAACAGAAGUGGCAAAUGAAUAAUGUAUUAACAUAGAUAUAAAAUCAGAACAUUUGGUCUUACAAAUCAUAAGUAUUACUGAAUACUUAAUUAAAUCUAAAUAUAAUAAAAAUGAAUGAAUCCCAUGUUGUAUAUAAAAGGAAUAAUUUGGAUAUAUUGAUAUACUUAUAGGUGAUUUUUGUACUAUGAACUGCAUAUAAUAAUUUAUUAAUGUUUAGCAAAUAAAAAUAUUUACUCUUUUAAUUGAAAAUAAAUCAUCGUUUUUACAAGUAUAAACACAAUUACAUGGAUUGUGGAUAGCCGCCUGAUGUCGGGUAUGAAGUCUUUCUUUCAAAAUACUGUCUUGUUGCCAUUUUAACCAUAAUAAUAAUAUAUUAAUCCACAUUAUAUAAUAACGUGUCACAGGCAACAGCCGAUAAAAUACUUGGAAAAAUGCUUUAAUAUAAAUUGUACAUAUAUUAAAUGUUUGAUUUAGCUACUGUUACAGCCUCUUGAAUACGAGGAGGCAGCAAGAUCUUAUAUAUUAUACCAAGCGUAUAUAAACGCGUUUCAAGUGCGUGUAACCGACAAACAAUAGAUGCAGCAGUGUUGCAUAAAGUGUAUAGGUUGUACGUGACUUAAUUAUAUGAACGCUUUUUAUUGAACUUCGGAAACAACCUGCUUUCAAAUAAUUGAUAACAUUCACUGGACUCACGAGUAAUAUAAUAUAAUUAUGUACAACAUGAAUUAUAAUAUACGUAAAUUACAUUUAACUAUAUAGCUGAGAAUAAAUGUGAUAUAAUAAUAUUAUGAGUUUAUGAGGGGAAAACAUAUAUAAACUACUCGCAUAGCUAGCCGUAGGUAUAAUUAUACUAAUAUACAAUACAUUAUGAUAUAUUUAUAUAUAAUUUGUUUUUCAACAUUAUUUUACUCAUAGACU